AUGAAUAAUUUGGAAGCCGCAAUUGCCAACUUGACAGCCUUGAUGGCUCAGCAAGUCACUAAUUCUGCAGCUCGGGAAGAAGCUGAAGCACUUCGUACUGCUGCUAGGGAACGAGCUGAGGCACAACGUGCAACUGCUGCUGCCCAACUUCAGGCAGAUGAGAAUGCUAGGCGUGCUGCACAGGAGGAGCGUGAGUUGGUAGCCGCUCAGACUAAGGGGCUCAAUGACUUCAAAAGGCAGGAUCCGCCGAAGUUCGCUGGUGGAUUUGAUCCGGAAGUGGCUGAUUCUUGGUUACAGGAAUUGGAGAAGAUCUUUGCUUUCCUUCACACUGCCGAAGCUACCAAGGUGGACUAUGCUGCAUAUCUGUUGACUGGGGAAGCUGAGUAUUGGUGGCGCGGAGCCAAAGAUAUGAUGGAGGCUGAUGGUAGAGCUAUUACUUGGGUGGUCUUUCGCAGAGCUUUCCUGGACAAAUACUUUCCGGCCAGUGUCAAGAUGGCCAAGGAGGAAGAGUUUCUGAGGCUUCGACAGGGAUCGAUGUCUGUGGCUGAAUAUGCAGUAAAGUUAGAGGCUCUGGCUAAACAUUUACGGUUCUUUCACGACCAGAUGGAUGAGGAUUAUAUGUGUGGCAGGUUUACGCUUGGGCUGAAUUAUGAGUUACAGCGGGCUGUUAGACUGACCAGCAUCCAUCGUUAUCAGGAGUUGGUGGAGAAAGCUAAGUCCAUUGAGGCCAUUGAUAAUCUCAGAUCGAGGCCUGCUUUCCGUCCAAAUCAGGGCAGUGGAGGCCCCAACAGAUCAGGACCAGGGAGGUUUGACAGGAACAAGUCUUUUCAGAAGAAACCGUUUCAGCACCCUCAGAAUCGGGGUACUUCGUUGGGGUAUUCUCAUUCUUUCGGGAAUUUUGUACCGAGGCCUACACAGUCUGAUACUUCAGAGAUAGUUUGUCACCGCUGUUCAAAGAAGGGUCAUUUUGCAAACCGUUGUCCCGACUUAGUAUGCUGGAAUUGUCAGAAGACUGGUCACAGUGGUAAGGAUUGCACAAAUCCCAAGGUUGAGGCUGCUACUAAUGCUAUUGCUGCUCGGAGGCCAGCCCCUACUGCUAAUAAAGGGAAGAGGCCUGUUGCUAGUGCUCGAGUUUAUACAGUUAGCGGUGCUGAGUCCAGCAGAGCUGAUGGACUGAUUCGGAGCGUCGGGAGCGUGAAUGGUAAACCUUUAACUAUACUUUUUGACUCUGGUGCUACGCAUUCAUUCAUAGACUUAGCUUGUGCUUUGAGGUUAGAGCUAAAGUUAACUGAAUUGCCUUUUGAUCUUGUGACAAAGAGUUUGUUACAAACUUGA